AUGUGCGUGUACAGCCGCCUCACCAAACCUCCUCCUCCGCCCGCAGACGCCCCCCUGUGCGUGGAGGCGGCGACGGUGGUGGGCGCGGGCGUGGGCGAGCGCACCAACAUCACCUGCCGCGUGGACGCCGACCCGCCGCUCGUCACCUUCAGCUGGACCUUCCGCAGCGCCGCCAACCGCCUGCGGCCGCGCCAGAUCAGCCCCGGCGAGUUCAGCACCGACGGCCUGACCAGCACCCUCUCCUACCGGCCCCUGAGCCAGCGGGACUUCGGCGAGCUCUCCUGCCACGCUGAGAACACCCUGGGCUCCAUGCGGGAACCCUGCUCCUUCUCACUCGUCACCGCAGGUCCGCCAGAGAAGGUCAUCAACUGCUCAGUGUCGAACGUGACCGUGUUGGGCGCGACCGUCACGUGCCUUCCCGGCUUCAACGGCGGCCUCGCGCAGCGGUUCAGGCACGAGAUACAUCUUGCAAGCAAUAUCUUGCAAGCAAACCAGAUCCCCACAAUUACGCACACUUAA